CUUCAAUCUCUCCCUCUCUCUGCCUUCAGUCUUCACAUCAUAUUAUUCUCCCGAUCCCCUCUCCUGAUUCGUACCCUAAUUUCGUUGUCUCCGAAGACAGUCAACCGGGGACUGGACCUGACCCGGCCAAUGUCGGAACCCAAGGGCACGAGUGGCGGUUUCACUGCCGGUGAAUCAUCGAGGGCUUCGCCGAAGCUCGUCACCGCCGGUGACCGACAAUUGCUCAUUGUAGAGCUCCGGCCUGGAGAGACGACGUAUGUCUCGUGGAAGAAGCUCAUGAAGGAGGCGAGCAAGGUCAAUGGCACCUCUGCGUCGGUACCCGACCCGCCUCCGAACGCUAACCCUAAUCUUGAGACUCGGUUAGCACAGGGGCACCCUGCGGAAGGUGAAAAGGCUGACCAACCUAAUCGUUUUAGUGCUGUUAUUGAGAAGAUUGAGAGAUUAUAUAUGGGAAAAGAUAGUAGCGGGGAAGAGUUAGAUAGUUCUCCGGAUGACGAUGAGUAUGACACUGAGGAUUCAUUUAUCGAUGAUGCUGAAUUGAAUGAGUAUUUUGAAGUUGAUAAUUCAGCAGUUAAACAUGAUGGCUUUUUUGUCAAUAGAGGAAAGUUGGAGCGGAUCAGUGAACCUUCGACAACAUCUAACCUGCAAUUGAAGAAAAGGCAAAGGAAAGAGUCAGCAAAACCUUGUAGUGAUGUUGCUGAUGUGUUGAAUAAACAAGUGAAAGUGGCUAAGAUGGCCGGGGAAAAGGAUCAAUCAAAUGCUUCUCGGCAGUCAUCGAAGAAAAAGUCUACCGAUGCAAAGGCAGCACAAGCACAAGAUUCUUUGUCAUCUUUCAGAGGCCCAGCUGUCAAUGCUUCCUUAUCUUUGGAAGAUGCGAAAUAUUACGAAAAAGCAAAUCAUCAGCUGAAAAAUGCUGCAAGUCACAAGGCAAAGGAUGUUGGACCUUCUGAUGCACUUCUUCAAAAGUACAACAACAAAAGUGCUCACCAACAAUCUAGUUCCGUGCCAGGGAAUUCUCUGCAAAAUGUUUUGGCAGGAGCAGCAGUUACUAAGAAAGAAAAGAACGGCAUGCAUGAACAGGCGAAUGCAACAGGAAGCAGACAGCUUAUGCAAAAGGCUAAACCUUUCUCUGCUCAGAAAAAAGAUAGUUCUAAUGUGAGGCCUAAAACUUCAUCGCUUGAGAAAGCCAUCAGGGAAUUAGAGAAAGUGGUUGCAGAAUCAAGGCCUGAGUGCCAAGAAGCUGAUACUUCAUCCCAGGGAGUUAAGAGGAGAUUGCCAAGGGAAGUAAAAGUGAAGCUUGGUAAAGUUGCUAGGAUAGCGGCAAAGGAAGGAAAGGUUUCGGCGGAGUUGAUCAAUCGCCUUAUGAGCAUUGUUGGUCACCUAAUACAGCUUAGAUCACUUAAGAGGCACUUGAAAAUUAUGAUUGAUGGGAGCAUGUCUGCAAACCGGGAGAGAGAUGAUAAAUUCCAACGGAUCAAGAAGGAAGUAAUCGAGAUGAUAAAGACACAAGUCCCUUUGAUGGAAUCUCAGGCAACAGAACAACAAGCUGGAAAAUCAGAUGAUUUUCAAGACGCUGGCUUUAUAGAAAAAGCUCCACAAAAGAAGAAUUUUGUCAUGGAUGCGGCAUUGGAGGACAAAAUUUGUGAUCUAUAUGAUAUCUUUGUUGAUGGGUUGGAUGAAGAUGUGGGUCCACAGAUCAGAAAGCUAUAUGUAGAGUUGGCAGAACUGUGGCCCAACCGGUUAAUGGACAAUCACGGGAUCAAGCGUGCCAUUUGCCGAGCGAAAGAGAGGCGGAGAGCAGCGUACGAAAAGAUCGUGACCGAAGCAAAUAUGAAGAAGAGGAAGCAGUUAGGAACUGUUCGGCCUGAUCCAGCUGCAGUUGUUCAGCAAAAGCAUGGCGGAGAGAAAACAAGCGUUGAUCCCAGCACAACCACAAAUGUACCCGACUCUUCUCAUGAGAGAUCGAAGCAACAGAACGAUAAGCUAAAGGGAAGUGGGAACAUAGAAGAAACAAAGGCGGUAAAGAGAAGGACAGAGACGAGGUCAGAGCCCGAAGAGUAUGGCCCGCCUCCCGAGAAGCAGCUCGUUCUGGCCCUGACAAAGCAGCAGCCACAGCUGCAGGUUGUCUCGGCUCCUCCUCGGAAACCUCAUGCCGCCGCUGGGUUGGAUCUAAACCUGAACCAGUCAAGUUGACAUGAUGAUGACUGAUGAAUGAUAAUGAUGAUGAUGAUGAUGUUACUUGCCGAGGCUGUCUUGGUGGAGGAGACAGCUAUGUACCUCUUCGCCGCCUCUCUAAUUCUCUUCCCGUUUGCAGGUGGUACGGAAUUAAGCUUCUGUGCCAUUUUUUGUAGCGAAGUUCUUCCUUUUUUUUAAUCUCUACACAUCAUAUUGUCUACUUCUAGUCUCCGUUUACGCUAAAGAGUCGAUUUCCUCUGUAUAAAAAAAAAAAUUAGGUUUCAAGAGCAGUAGUUCUGAUU